UUCGGGCGGCAAACACGCCCGUAUAGUCAGUCUCUACUCAACAAUUUCAAAAGCGUGAAGUUCCGUCCACCUCGUCGUCUCCGCGUCUGCCACCCACUCAACAACGCGGCGGCAAAUCGCGGCCGGUUGGCUGGCGAUCGCCGCCUCCUACCCCUCGCCAGCGGCCCGCUCCAGAAGCAAUGGCGCUGGACCUUGCCAUCGGGGGCUCGGCGGCCCGCAGGGCCGAGACCCAAACCCUAGCGCCCGUGUUGCUCAUGGGCCCGCCGCCUCCACCGCCGAUCCCGCCGAUGACGGGGAUGUACUUCGUGGGGCCCCCGACCACAGGGGCGCUCCUGCCGCUCCCGAUCCCCGUGGCGCUCCCGCACGAGGUCAUCAUGUACAUGGACGAGUGUCGGAGCCGCUCCCUCCUCAAGUUCAUUUCCAACGCGGGGAUUGAGCCUUCGCUAGAGGACGAGCGGAGGAGGGAGCGGGUAGUACGCGAGCUCGGCAAGAUAGUAAUGGAUUGGGCAAGGAGGGUGGCCUACGAGCAGGGCAAACAGCACUGGAUCACAUCAGCCACCGUGUUAACCUUCGGCUCUUAUGCCUUGGGGGCGUAUGGACCUGAAUCUGAUAUUGAUGUCCUCUGUAUUGGCCCUUAUAUUGCAUCACUGCAACACCAUUUUUUUGUUGUCCUACGACAAAUGCUCGAAGGGAGGCCAGAAGUAUCAGAAUUGCAUUCAAUUGAAGGAGCUAAGGUUCCAUUGAUGCGUUUUAAAUUCAAUGGGAUUUUAGUUGACUUUCCUUAUGUUCAACUCCCAGUGAUCAAUGCUGCAGAGGCUAUGCAUGCAUUUGAUCCCCAUGUGCUAGAGAAUGUGGAUGGGCCAAGCUGGAGAUGUCUAUCUGGAGUCCGUGCUAAUAGACAAAUCAUUCAAUUAGUUCCUAAUAUGAAGAAAUUUCAAUAUCUAUUGCGGUGCCUCAAACUAUGGGCAAGAAAAAGAGGACUUGAUUGCCAUCUACUUGGCUUCUUUGCUGGAAUUCAUUUGGCUAUUCUUGCUGCAUAUGUUUGCCGCAGACAUCCAAAUGCUAGUAUAAAUACUCUGCUGUCUUUGUUCUUCGAUAUUUUUGUUCACUGGCCGUGGCCUCUUCCAGUGAGUUUGCUUGAUCCGCCAGUUCUUUGUGGGGGUCCUGAUGGGUGCUCUCUCAUGCCCAUAAUGUUGCCCUGUAUUCCACCAGAAUUUUGCUCCUCUAGUACAACAGAAAGUACUUUCAGCAAAAUCAAAGAAGAACUUCGGCGUGGUUAUGCUCUUAGCAAGGAUACCAGAAGUACUGAUUCUGACUGGAGUUGGCUCUUUGCACCUUUUCCAUAUGGUGCAAGAUACAAAUGCUUUCUCCGCAUAGUUCUCUCUGCUCCGAUGGAAGACGAAUUGCGUGACUGGGUUGGAUGGGUGAAAUCACGAUUCCGCAAUCUUCUUCUCAAGCUGGAGAGUCUAGGUGUUUACUGUGACCCUGAUCCCUCAAAACAAGUUGAUCAUACCAUCACUGAUCCAAAUGUUGUAUUCUUCUGGGGUCUCAUCUACAGAAGGAGUAUUCAAAUAUGUACAAAUUCUCUCAAAGAAGAUUUCAUGAAAAGUGUCUGCAAUAACAUCUAUGGGAAGGAAAAAUGUGCCCAUUCAGACAUCACAAUGGCCGUUGUUGGGCCUCCCCAGCUGCCAAAAAAGUGUCUGUGAUCUCUCAGUUUACUCAGAAAAGCUGCCACAACAUAUGAUGGGGACCAACUAAUGAAGCAGAACUACAAUGCAGUCAGUUAGGCUCAGCUGUCAUAUUGCGUGCGAGCUUCGAUUGUGAAUAUUACAACAGUAAGAAGCCGCCGCUUCGAUUGUGAAUAUGACAACAGUAAGAAGCCGCCGUUGAAGUCAUUUUCAACAUCAGAUCAGGAUUUUUUGCUGCCCUUUUUAAGGGGCUUGUUCAUGACAUGGAAUGGGAGAUUUUUUUUUUGUGAAGUGUAGAACAAAUGCAGGAGGCUCCUAGGGUUCAAGCAUCCAGCAAAAUAGGGCCAUUCAAGCGACUUAUUCCUGUUAUGAGUUUUGUGCAGGUACAUGCAUAUUCAUGUACACAUCAUAGCAAUUGGAGGUAUGGUAUAGCUGUAUGUAAACUGUACGUAUAAUGUUUCCAGCAGCAAAAAUUGUGUAGAUUGCUUCCUGUUAGCACUGCUGCUGGGCACAGAUGCUGAGGUCGAUGUGGAGGAGAUUCUGAAUGGAAGCUAUACAUUCCAGGCUAGUAUGGAAGUGUUUUGGAUCGAUUCGAUGCACUUUUGCCUUAUAAGCUGCAAAAAAAAGUCUGUGUCCUAGAAUCCAAGGAUUCUCAUGGUAAUGAGUAAUGAUCAUGACUCUGAUGAAGAUAAAUGUUUACUCAUGCUAA